GGCUAUUGUCUAGCAGACAACUGGCUUCCGUUCAGAGUCGAGCUUCGGUCCGCGAGCCUGAGGCCGUCAUGGCUAAGUCCAGCAUUUCGCGCCCGUUAAUAACCCUCCGCGCUUCGGAUUUAACCCCCGUCUCUCCAUACCUCUGUACCCGCCUCCACCGGCAACACCACAGCACCACCUCUCAUCACCAUCCCACGUACACUUCAGGUUCUUGCCUCAUCUAACUCUUCCCAACCAUUAGCAACCAACGAGCGUUGCCACCCAACUUUUAGCUCUAUUUUGGGGCUAACGGAGCUCGAACGCUUUCAUCCGAUUUCGAGUUCUGAAAUAAUCAAAAGCCGGCGCGGGACGCUUGAUUCUGUUCCCUAGAUUAAUUGUCGUUGGCACUUUGAUCUACUGAGGCUCAAGUCCUCUUUUUCAUCAGUUGAAGAAUAGUAGCCCUGUUUUUUGUACAAGGAAGGGGUUUCCCUCAACGAAGGGCUUGAAGCAUUUUAAUUUUAGGGCUUCCGCGGCGAAUAAACUGUUUCGGACAUGUCUCGGAAUCUAGCAACCGCUCAGUUCCACAAAUCGAAAACCCUUUAUGAGAAAUAUAAACUUGGAGAUGAGAUUGGCAAGGGAGCUUAUGGUCGAGUUUAUAAGGGUCUUGACCUGAAAAAUGGAGAUUUUGUGGCAAUCAAGCAGGUUUCCUUGGAGAAUAUUCCUCAGGAGGAUCUUAACAUCAUAAUGCAAGAGAUUGAUCUGCUAAAGAAUCUUAACCACCAGAAUCUUAACCACAAAAAUCACAAAAAUAUUGUGAAAUACCUUGGAUCAUUAAAGACAAAGACUCACCUGCAUAUCAUUCUGGAGUAUGUUGAAAAUGGUUCACUUGCUAACAUAAUCAAGCCCAACAACUUUGGACCAUUCCCUGAGUCGUUGGUGCCUCUUUAUAUUUCCCAGGUUUUAGAAGGUUUAGUUUAUUUGCAUGAGCAAGGAGUCAUUCACCGAGACAUCAAGGGUGCAAACAUUUUAACCACUAAAGAGGGUCUUGUUAAACUUGCUGAUUUUGGUGUUGCAACGAAGUUAAAUGAAGCAGAUCUUAACGCACAUUCAGUUGUUGGAACACCUUAUUGGAUGGCCCCUGAGGUCAUUGAAAUGUCUGGGGUGUGUGCUGCAUCAGACAUUUGGAGUGUUGGUUGCACUGUUUUGGAGUUGCUUACAUGUGCCCCUCCUUACUAUGAUCUUCAACCUAUGCCAGCUCUGUUUCGAAUUGUGCAGGAUCCCCAUCCUCCUAUACCUGAGGGCUUAUCUGCUGACCUUACUGAUUUUCUUCGCCAAUGCUUCAAAAAGGAUGCAAUGCAAAGACCAGAUGCAAGAUCUUUGCUUCAGCAUCCAUGGAUUCAGAGCUCGAGACGUGUUCCACAGUCCUCUCUCCGUCAAAUAGGUGGCUCUAUAAGGAGCAUUGACGGAGAUGUUUCAAUCACUGAUAAGAACUUAGCUGGUAAUGGUCCUGAUGCUGAAGGUCUUUCAGAGGGUGGGGCCAAGUGUGAGGAUGCCAACAUAGAGCUAGAGAACUCUAAAAUGGAUUAUUUGGCUUCCAGCUCUCUUGAAAGAAACAGCUUUGAUGAAAGCCAAGGUGGAAAAAAUAGCAUUGCGCAAGAUGCCUUCUCGGGAAGUGUGGAUAAUAUAAAAGAUGAUGUUUUUUCUGCUAGAGAUCCUACUUUAGUUUUACUUCAAAAUCCAGUGAUGGGCUCUUUUUCUGAUAAAGAAGUUACUGCUGCUAAUCCAGAAACAUGCAAGGAAAGUUCCUAUGCUGUAACAGAUGAGCUGGCGAGAAUCUCUUCAGUCAAUGAAGAAAGUGUUUUAGAUGUUGAGCAGGAUAAUGAAGGAAGCUCCAUCCAUGAUGAAAGUAGCCUAUUUUCCUUUGGGACUGGAAUGCUGAAAGUCAAUUCUCAAAAGGCCGUGAAGCUCUCAUCUAUAACUGGUGCUCAAGAGCUGAGUCAAUUUAGUGAUGCCCCAGGAGAUGCUUUACUGGAGGAUUUAUUUCAGCCACUCGAUAGGGUUCCAGGAGAUCAAGUUGUACGAGCUUCAUCUUCUACCAGCGCUCAUGGAAAUGUAUUAUAUGAGGGUGGUAGAAGUGACCUUGCGAAGGAACUAAAAGCAAGGAUGGCCCAGAAACAUAUAGAAAAUCAAAUUGAACACCGGAAGGGUGGGAAGCUUCUGGAGUAUGUGAGGGGUGUGAUUGACAUUGAUGAUCCGGUUUUUGAUGAAAAUUUGCCAGCAGAGAACAUUUUUCUUAUCCAGUCUGUAGAGUUCAGCAAAUUAAUUGGGUUGCUGAAGCCAGAACAGCCGGAUGAUGUGAUUGUGUCGGCAUGCCAAAAGCUGCUUUCAUUUUUUGUUCAGCGUCCAGAGCAAAAACAUGUUUUCAUCUCUCAGCAUGGGUUUCUUCCUCUUAUGGAUCUUCUUGAAGUUCCAAGAAACCGAGUCAUUUGCUCUGUGCUUCAGAUUAUCAACCAAAUCGUCAUUGAUAAUGUUGCUUUUCAAGAAAAUGCUUGUCUCGUGGGGCUGAUUCCAGUGGUAAUGAACUUUGCAGUACCCGACCGCCCUCGGGAAGUUCGGAUGCAAGCAGCUUUAUUUUUUCAGAAUCUUUGCUAUUCCAGCACAUUGACAUUGCAAAUGUUUAUUGCCUGUCGUGGUAUCCCUGUGCUCGUUGGUUUUCUUGAGGCUGAUUAUGCAAAAUAUAGGGAGAUGGUUCAUCUUGCAAUAGAUGGCAUAUGGCAAGUAUUUAAGCUCCAGCAUACCACGCCAAGAAAUGACUUCUGUCGUAUAGCCGCCAAGAAUGGAAUUCUUCUUCGGCUUGUCAACACCCUUCACAGCUUGAAUGAGGCAGCUCGUUUGGCUUCCGUGCAAGGUAGUAAAGCUGCAAGACCUCGAUCUGGUCCAUUAGAUAACCUAGUCGUAGCAUUAGAACCGCUGCGAAGAUCUACUUCUGGGCCUGAUUCAACCACGAUAGACACAAAGCAGUCUUCUGGAGAUGCAGCUUUAGAGGAGCAUGAACACAUGGUCUUGGAAGUUGACCUGAUUAAGCAGCAGAGUUCAACUAAUUCUGCCAGUAAAACUUCUACUGAAAAGCCUUCAAGACAUGUAGAAGUUGCAUCAAAUGGAAAUCUUACUAGAAACUUAUCGGCUUCUCAAAGGGAAUAUAUACGCCCUCUGCUGAGCAUGUUAGACAAGGAAACUCCUUCUCGAAAUGUCUCAGGGCAGCUUGAGUAUGGGAGCCACCUUCCUACACUAGAAAAACAUGAAGGCAUAUUACCACUUCUUCAUGCUUCAACGGAAAGGAAAACUAAUGGAGAACUUGAUGUUCUGAUGGCCGAAUUUGCUGAAUUCUCAAAACAAGGGAGAGAAAAGGAACACGCAGGUAUCAAUGGAAAAUUAUCCAAGAGAAGCAAUAAGAAGGUUCUGCCACAAUCUGUGGGCUCAACUACUUCAAAUGAAGGUGCUUCAACGUCCGGUAUUGCUUCUCAGACUACAUCAGGAGUGUUAUCUGGAUCUGGAGUUCUCAAUGCUAGACCAGGGAGUUCGACAUCCUCUGGACUACUAUCACAAAUGGUCUCGUCCCUCAACGCCGACGUGGCACGAGAAUAUCUUGAGAAGGUAGCAGAUCUCUUAUUUGAAUUUGCCCAAGCUGAUUCUUCAGUAAAAUCCUACAUGUGUAGCCAAAGCUUGCUUACUCGUCUUUUCCAAAUGUUCAACAAGAUAGAGCCACCUAUUCUUCUUAAGAUCCUUAAGUGUGUCAAUCAUCUUUCGGGUGAUCCAAAUUGUUUGGAGUACCUUCAGCGUGCAGAUGCAAUCAAACAUUUGAUUCCUAACCUCGAACUUCAUGAUGGCCCUUUUGUCUCUCAAAUACACAUUGAAGUCCUCAAUACACUAUUCAACCUUUGCAAGAUAAACAAGAGGAGACAGGAACAAGCAGCGGAGAAUGGCAUUAUUCCUCAUUUAAUGAACUUUAUUAUGUCCGAUUCGUCACUAAAACACAGUGCAUUGCCACUCCUCUGCGACAUGGCUCACGCCUCACGAAACUCCAGGGAACAGGUGAGGAUUCAUGGCGGAUUAGAUGUGUACCUGAAUCUCUUGGAAGACGAAGCAUGGGCUGUUACCGCAUUAGAUUCUCUUGCGGUCUGCUUGGCCCAUGACAACGACCACAAGAAGGUUGAACAGGCUCUAUUAAGGAAAGAGGCCAUCCAGAAGUUAGUUAAGUUCUUCCGGAACUGUCCGGAACAAUAUUUCAUCAACAUAUUAGAGCCUUUCUUGAAGAUUAUUACGAAAUCAGCGCGGAUAAAUACUGCAAUGGCAACCAACGGUUUGGCUACGCUUCUCAUUUCAAGACUGGACCAUCAUGAUGCUAUUGCUCGACUUAAUCUUCUAAAAUUAAUUAAGGCUGUUUAUGAGCAUCACCCAAGACCCAAGCAGCUGAUAGUGGAAAAUGAUCUCCCACAAAAGUUGCAGAAUUUGAUCGAAGAGCGCAGAAAUGGGCAGCGCUCUGGAGGGCAGGUUCUGGUCAAGCAAAUGGCUACUGCGCUUGUAAAAGCUCUUCACAUCAACACUAUUCUAUAGUCAACCUCCACACCAGCUUGUGUUGUACAAUCGAGGUGUAAUUAUGUAAAUUUCUUUUUUUUUUCUUAACUUUGGUUUAUUAUCAUUAUUGUUAUAUAUUAUCAUUAUUAUUAUUAUUAUUAUUAUUAUUUGAAGCAUUGGGAGCCUAUGCUCAAUUUCAUUGUUUGUAAAUUAAUUACAUCAGUUACAUGUAUUUACAUGUAGGGAUCAAAGGAAACUUAUCGAUAACAUCUAAGAGGGGGAUAACCCACCAAGACAUUUUACAUUAAUAGUUAAUUUGUGUU